AUGUUGAAGAUUUUUAAGGGCCUAGGAUUUUCAUCUUCAAGUAAUAUAGUUUUUCUUUGGUGGGAAAGGCCCUUCUCGGUUGACGUACUUCAUGUGCUGAGGUCUGUUAAUCACUACACAAAGCAACGAGCAAUUAUUGACGUGGCUGUUGGUGAAGGUGAGGCAGUUGAUGUAGGUUCAACAGUUCUCUACGACGUUUAUUUGUUUGAUGAGAGGGCGUCCGGAACAUUAAAGAUGGGCACUAAACUGAGAACUGAGAGAGCUUUUAUAACAGAAAAGUUUGCUGAUGACAUUCAGUGGCAAGGAGGUUUUAUUGGUAUGAAAGUUCACGGCAGACGGCUUAUUGCUUCUGGCCAAAUGCUGAUGCAUGUUUUUUUGCGAAGAGAACCAACUCCUGUAAACGUACUUAAUAUCAGCGGCAUAAGAAAGAAUAGCGAAGAGUGUGACUUUCCGCCACCACAAAAUACCGCGUCGUCGUCCUCAGAAUCUGUGCCGUAUCAGCCUCCGCGUCAGCGUCUUCGCUCAGGAUCGGAAGACUUUCAUCCCUCAAGGGUGCUGCAAGCGAUAAAUGACUUGAGUGCGAAAUUGGAUGCUAUGAAUAUAACGCUGGAGCGUAUUCGAAGCUCAUUAGGAGUCCCGUCGCCGGUUGGGAUUUUUUUAAUUGCUUCAUAUCAGGCUGUUGGGCGUGGCUUUUUGGUACUUUCGUAA